AGACGACGGUGAAAUUAAACAAAUUGGUGGCAGAGAAAGUCGCAGCAGGCAAGAAAGCAUUCGCCGAUCAAUUGGCAGAAAUGGCUGCUAAAUUAAAAGUCGUUGAAGAUAAACUCAACGCUCGACUGAAAGCGGAGAAAGAAACGCGUCGCUCACAACAGCUUUGGUCAGCUGGAGCGUCCCUCCUAGCCGCCACACAGAAAGGAGAUCCAUUCGUCAGAGUUGAUAAGGAAUUGAAGGCUAUUGAAAAGGCCAAGGGUGAUGGUGAUAAGCUGGUGGAGACAGUACUUAAAGCUAUACCGGAAUCUGUGCGAACUCAAGGGAUAGUGCCUGAGAGUGUACUCAAAGAGAGAUAUCACAGAUUCUAUGUUUUGGCAGAUGGAGAAAGCAGCUCUUGCGGUUGCGAUGGUAGAAGCAGAUGGGGGGCCCCUGCCGAUAUUCAUCCUAUCCUGGCUGCAAUCGGUGGUGCUCUUUAUGAAGUUAUCGUGUAUACCACAAAGAGAAAUUGA